UCGAGCGUCGGGUCGGGAGUCGGGAGCGUCACGUCAUUCCUUUCCCGCGAUCCAUCGACAGUAGACCACCGUUCUUUUCUCUCUCUCUCUAACGCUCCUUCCUUUGUCCCUUGGACCGGGAGAACCGCAUCGCGGUGCUCCGAAGGCGGCGCGGGCUUUACGCGCGGGCAAAAGGCUUAUCUUCCUUUCCUCUUUUCAUUCGUUUCCCGCUCCCACUGCCCGAUAAGCGCAGCGGCAUUGCCAGGGUCGAAGAAAGAAGAGCUCGGUCACUGCCAGCUGCUCGCUACCAUCUCCUCUCCGCGUCUCUGCGCGAUACCGACGAACCGGUACUCGGGAACACCAUGUCGCUGAUCGUCAACUGCUUCCGUCGACUCGCUGACGCACCGGCUAAAAACGAGCUGAAAGGGUACAAGGUGACCGACGUGAAUCGGACGCGGAAAGUCGGGGUUGCCUGCAGGAGCCUACAGGAAUUGAAGCGGAAAGCGUGCGCGAAAUUAAACGUGACGAACGACCUUGCCGAGAUCAACGUCUACCUGGUUGACGGAUCGUUAAUCGACGAGGAAGAGUAUUUCUCCACGUUGAAACCACAGACGACGCUUAUUCUUCAGAAGCCUGGCGAAAAAGUAUUAAGCGACGCGGACCUCCUUUACGAUACGUUGAGGCGUGUCAACAUCGAUUUCCUAGCUGCCGGCGAGAAGGCGUCCGAGUUUCUCACAGAAAAUCUUAAAGCGAAGGUCGCCGUUCUAAAUAACACGUUGAACAAAGACGACACGAAGACUCGGCUUUCGAGCAGGGACGAACAUCCGGAAUGGUUCCGUGGACUGGAGACGAACUGCGCGACCAAAGAAGCGUACUUGCACCGUAGGUGCCAAGACAGGAUACGCGGCUACCUGUACAAAACCAUCGAACAAAUCAAAUCCUCAGACAUAUUCUCUAAAGAUCCUAGAGCCAGGAAACAAUUGUUAUACGCAAUAGCGUUCUUCAAGAUGCAGCUAAAAGAGGACCAUUACUUCGGUUACUAUUUCGACAGGAGUCGAGCCGAAAACGAGGAUGCAAAGGCCAGUGACGAACUAGAUUCCUCGUCCUGCUACGAUCACUGUCCUUGCAGGUUGAAAUGGUUUGAGUACAGUGCGUACUUUCGGUUGUUCGGGACACCGGAACAGUCUUGCGAUGGUGUGGAUGGGAUCAGGAAGAAGAACGAGAGGAACACGAUGAUGGAUUCGAAGACCGAAGAGGAGGAAGCCGAGGACACGUGUCCCUACAAGAUUAGGAAAACGGAGAAGGAGACUAGGCACGCGAUAUGCGAUCCCAUGGGUGAAUUUAGGUGCGCCGGAAUCUGGAACGAAGAGAAAUGCUCCUACGGGGACCAACACAGGAUCAAUCCGUACAGGUCCAGGGAGGAGCUUAUCCUGUUCUCCACAUGGAAUUUCGAUCAUAAAAUCGAAAGAUCCCGAAGUUUGGUGCCACUGCUUUUAAAACUGGCGGCGCAAGGCAACACUAACGAGACGGACCUAUUCGAAAUCUAUGACAAUCUUUUCACGACAAAGAACUUGAGACUGGUUCAUAUCGUGUGCCACGACAAAACCUCGCACAAAUAAUCGUUCAUUGUAUCCCGAUGGAAGUGAGACACGAGGAGUCGUCUGAAAUACGCUAAACUAAGUCCAUAAGUAUUUGGUCAUUUUCAAAUAUUCAUUGACUGCGGGACAGCCAGACACCAAAUUAUGGAUCAACGACUAUACAAAAUUUAAAACAUCGUGAUCAUGAAAAAUCAAUCUUAUUAACUGACUAAAUAUUUGUGGAUGUUAGCAUCAGUGUAUAUCUACUCGUUGAUACUAACAGAGUCUACCGAUGUUGAAUCCGUUGCGCCACGAUAAACAAGAAGCAAUAUCGAUCAGGAACGAUCGACCUCUCUUCUUUCUACGGUAGAUUAAGCGAAAUACAUAUUUCCUAUGUGGCAACCGUCGUCAUUUUCUAUUACACCAAGGCACAACAAAAUCUGUUCGAUAUUCUAAACAACUGUUUGAACUUGUUGCUCUCCCGUUAUCUUCGAGAUAGAUUAUACUCAAUUCUGUGAGGGAGAGAUCGUGCGACCAUUGGGUUGGUCGAUAAAGCGGAGAAGCGGGGCGAUGAUUCAAGCGAGGAACUUUUUUAACACGUUUUUAACGAAACAUCCUAUUGUCAACUUUCUAACGAUUUUACGAGUGCAAUUUAUCCUUAUAUUCAGCACAAGGAGAAUCUCGUACACAGGGUUGGGCGCAACGGAAUGAUCAUGGAUUAAAAAAUGUAUUGACACCGGCCAAUUUAUUUAAAUGAUUAACUCAGCUCAUGUGUUUAGAAAGAUUGGAUGGUGUGAAUUGUCUUUAAUCUUUGUAACGAAGGGGCUGUUCGAGGACGACCUGAUUUAGAAGGUCGACAAAUGUAUCCCUGGGAGUAUUCCUCAAGUAUUUUUGAUUCGACUGGUCGACCGAAGACAAAACCAAAGUUCUGAUAUAUACACGUAUAUUAUAUGUAUAAAAGUAUAAAUAUAUACAUAUUCGUUAUUGAAUUUAGAGAAGAUAUAUGUACUAUAUAUACACUCGCGUGGACGCGUGCACAAUGUGAAGUAAUUUGAAUGAUGAAUCAAGUCUUUCGCAAAGCCAUGAUUAUAUUCUAGAAUCUUUCAUUUACCUCGUAUGGGGAAGAAUUUAUGUAUGUCACUUUAUAGUUUGACCAAUUGCGUAAGUCAUCGUACAUUUUUUAAUAGUAAAGAACCACUGACCAUGUGUUUAACACUAUUUCAUUUAUUCACUGAAAGAAUCGAAUAUCAAGUUGCUCGUUAUUAAAAAAUAAUUAAGGCGAUGACCCAGAAGCCAAUAAUCGAGUCAUACGAGAUCUGAAUAACUAUCCAAGAGAAUAUCAAUGACUUAUUUCACGCAUUCUGUGCAUGCGUACGCGUCGCAAAUAAGAUAUACAAAUACCGAGAUAUAUGUACGUAUACAGAGAAAAUUGUAAGAACGUUUUAGAGACUUAUCUGAACCGGUGAUGACGAAGAAUCAAACAGGAAGACUCGAAUUACUUUUUGAUAAUCCUUCUUUUGAUUUCGAUCCGACCUUACUUUUUAUAAAAUCUAAUGAACGACGAAGAAACGUAGGACGAGUGGCUGGCAUUAUUAGUGCAAUCCGUUUGAUCGCCAGAAAUCUUGCGCGCAUGAAGAAUUUGAUUAAUUUUCCUUUAUCAGAAGAUUGCGAAUUUGAUGCACUUAUAAAAGAACUGCAUGUGAUAAAAAUAUUUAAGAUGUGAAAAAUGAGUACAUGUGUUUAUAAAGA